UCGUCGUUGUCUCCCUCCGGCCACGGGGCAGAGAUAAGGAUUAAAGAGCCCGCGGCUUCGUCUGCCCGCGCACCAAUCGCGCGACAUUGACGGUGGUUGCUGAAUAUAGCCGAGUGUGUGUGUGUCGCGUUCAGUCGGUCGGCCGUCGCUUCGCAUCGUCAUGCUGCGGUCGAAGCAAACGGUGCGUCCCGGCGCCCCCGUUACGUGCUACAUCCGACGCUGCGCCCCUUCGGCGAGACUCGGUCAGGGUCGGUCGGCACCGUAAGCAACGGUGCUCAACGAGGACUGUUGUCCAGCCCCAUCGACCCCCGACCCAGCGUCGGGAACCCCGUUCUUACGGCGCUUGAAGAACAGGCAGGCAACGCACAGCCAUGUCGGCGAGCCCUCUGUUGAGGCUCGUGCAGUACAAGAAAUGCAACCUGAAGAGACCCACGUCACUAGCGGUGCGCGGCAGAACACUUUAUGUUUCCUGGGACGGCCUGGACCGGUCGUCGCCGACGCCACCGCCGGAAAGCCCUGACGGCACGUCGGCCUGCCCGGAGACGAGCCCGCUGAUGGAGGCCUCGGGGCCCAAGCCGGUCACAAUCCAGCGCAGCGCCUCCUUCAAUUUCCCCUCCACCAGCCAGCGGAACAGCGCCAAUGCGGCCGCAGGCGGCGCCGAGGUGUGCCCUCCUCCACCGGGCAAGUCGAGCGACGACUCCGGCCUGGGCACGGGCAACAGCCCCCGAGGCAAGAAGCCCGCGCUCACCAUCGACAUCCAGCGGAUCCCGCCGUCGCGCGCCAGCUCGUACGGCGGCUCGCUCUGCAGCCUGCCCACCAGCAGCAACGGAAAGAUGUACAGCGCGCGUCGGACGCACGGAGACCUGGACUCUCUGGUCAUUAUGCUGAGUGCUCUCUACGCCAAGCUGCUCGUAAUCAUGGGAAUAUGCUUCCCGCUUGCUGAAGUGAUCUCAAAGAAAAUACCCGUCUCGUUUUACGAGGGCUUCUACCUGUACCUGUACUUCGGCAGCAUCGCAUUCCUGCUGUACGUGUACGUGUUCCUGCUGCGCCACGACAAGGUCAACUCCAAGCUGGACCACCUGACCGACAGCUUCGGCGAUAAGCUGCGCCGCCUGCUGGGCAUGCGCAGCUCGCGCGGCACCAACAUGGAGAUCCCGCCGACGCCCAAGAAGCGCGUGCACGAUGCCACCACGCACGCCGGCAGCUUCUACCUCAGGCUGGGUGCAGUCGCUUUUGGAACCGGGAGCAUGAUCUAUUCGGGGCUCGAGUUCGGCCAGUUCUUCGAGAUGGAGUCCGAUUCCAAGUGCUACAACAUUCUUUUCAGCCUGACGCCGGCCACGCGGAUGGCAUUCACAUUCUUUCAGCUCUACUUCAUCUUCAUCAACUCCAGGGUUGCCAUUAACAAGUUCACAACGUUCGCGAGGUUCGGCCUGAUGCACAUGAUUUCCGCCAACAUCUGCGUGUGGCUUCACGUCCUGAUUCAAGAAACAAAGCACCAGCUCCUGGAUUUCAUCCAGAGGAACGAGACCAACCUCUUAGCCAUGGCCAUCAAUCCUAUACCGAACAUCGCGUCCGAAGAGGAAGAGGAGCACUUGAACCCAGUGCACUACGAGACGCACUCGAAGGACCACCACCGCAUCGAGAGGUCGGCCGGCGAGCACGGAUUGCACCACGAUACGCACAACUGCCGCCGCGCCAACAUCAUGGGCGAGUUGGUGCAGAACGCGAGUCCGUUCCUGUUUCCCUGCACCAUCGAGUACAGCCUCAUUAGCGCCGGCAUCCUGUACAUCAUGUGGAAGAACGUGGGCUCGACGCAGCCAGUGCCCAACACUCCGGACAGCUCCAUACACGUGCACACGCCACGCCAGCGGCACUACUACCAGGUGGACUGUGCCAAGGCCAACAAGGGCCUUUUCACGGGAAUCCUGGUGCUCGUGCUGUCCAUCAUAAGCCUCAUCCUCUUCUUCGUGCUGAUCAACAAGCCGCAGUACCGGAACCUGGCCGUCAUGGAGGCCCACAUCGCCGAGCUGGCCGUCUACUUCCUGGCCUCCCUAGCCACGACCACGGCGCUGUUCCAAGUGCGCGAGCUGCGUUACAACCGCCUGCGAAACACGGACCUGGACAGCAUCCUUCUCAUCGUUGCCCAGAGCGGGCUGUACCUGUACACCAUGUUCAGCAUCAUAGGCAGCCACUUCACGCUCGACCAGAACACCAUGCUGGCGUUGCUGACGGCGCUCGCCUGCCUCAUCCAGGGUUCCUUGCAGACCAUCUUCAUUCUGGACGCGUCGCGCCGCUACGUCAGCAGCAGCGACCAGGCCAAUCGCAAGCCCGGCCGCGAGAUGGUCACGUUCCUCAUAGUGUGCAACUUCUCCAUGUGGGCCAUCAACACCUUGGAGACUCGCCGCGCCGACUCGAACCCCGUUCAGAUGACCUUCUACGGUUUCUGGGCCUGGACCAUCAUCACGCACGUGACGGCACCACUGACCAUCUUCUUCAGGUUCCACAGCACGGUGUGCCUGUGCGACAUUUGGAAGAGGGCGUACAAGGUCAAGUCCGACUACCUCUGAGGCGGUCGCCGCGUGCAAGUCGCCAACGGAACUGUGCGAAGAGCGAAAACGCUCGGUUUCCGCCUUUCGUGACGAGGUUCCACCGCGUUCUGAUCAUUCUGCGGUCGCUUUUCGCCGCACGUUAGCGCGAGUUAUGAAUGGUCACACCUCUGACGAAACGUUGAUGUAUAAAUGUGUGAGCACGGUGUGGUGAUCAACGCGCGGGCAUCGUGCGCGCUUUUUAUCUUUUGUUACCUUUCUUGUGUAUGUUUUGUUGUGCCGGGACACCUUUUGAACGAAGGUCACAAACCCCCCCUCCCUCGUGGGCCUGGGAUACAAUUCCUACAUUGCAUCGCCAUUUGUGGAAACGGGACCAAAAUGAAAGCAAUGGGGAAGGAAAGAGAAAGACCAGGCUUUCUCAGCCAUCGCGGCGACAACUCACGAUCAAACUUUAAGCACGUUAAAAGCAGACUAGAUCGUUGUGCCGUAUCUCUCACAACGAUCUAGCUUGCUUUUAACGUGUUUAUAACAUUGAACGGCACCGCAUAUUCUGGGUGCUACUCUGAAUGCUGUCAAAUUCCGUCAUAUUGUCAAAUUCUCCAUCUUGUCAGCUCUAAUUGGCCCACAGGGUUGAUGUGGCCUCUAUGAUAUUUGGCUCAAGAUGCCAACAUGCGGCUACAAUUUCUGUAUAACACUCGCGGACGAUGCCGUCAGAGCGUAUGUGCGCUUAUGCUUGCGAGUUGUAGGCAAAGCCGUUGCUGGCGCUGUGGCAACACUGCGUCUAGACAUCUACAGUAAAUGCGCAGUUAACCGCGCCUCUUUGCCCUCGAACACUGUACUGGUCAUAAAUACGUGAAAUGUCGCCGCGGACUUCAGUCGAAACCGUGAUUAUGUGUGAUGCAUCCUCGAAGCUUUAUUUGCGUGCCUGCAGUGUUGGAAUGCUCAAGGCGCAAAGCUGAGAGCCAGUUGGCAUAGCUAGUGGCAUCAUGUAGACUACCUACAUAUACAGGCGGCGCUAGAUUUAACUUUAAAUGCAUUUCAAGCAAACAAGUGUCAAGUACUCUUGGUCGAUGUUAGCGAAGUCGCCGUUAAAUCCUCGCUGCCGUGGUCCAGUCACUAGAAUUGUACCAAUAGUUCGGGCGCUGAAAAGCACGAUGAGCAUGAAAUUCUCGUACUAUGUAUUACCUCAUAUCUUUGUAGCUACUGCUUCAUCGCGCCCUGUCAGACUCUUUAGCUUUAGUGACAUGUGCCAAUCGCGGGUGACCGCUAUGCAAUUUUGCACGGGAGACAUUGUUGUAUACACGUAUUGUGCCUUUUCUGUUGUUUCUUACGUGUCUCGUUCCUGUUAUUGUGAGGAGGUCUACGCCAGACUCGAUACAGAGUUGUUAUAUACAGUCGCUGCUAUAUGCCGCCUCUGGUCAGCUUAAAGGGACACUAAAGAGAAGUAUUGUGUUAAUAUAUACUGGCAAUUUACGCUUCUGGAGCUGCAUAUACGCAUGUCCGUCCAACCGUGAACGGAGUGUCAGUGUUCCAUGAGCGACGUAAAAAUGAAAAGUCAGGUGUCGCCGCAAUUUUAAGAUUCCCAAACCAACUAUUGUUACUUUCAGAAAUUUUGACAUUAUUUUAUCUAGACUAUAGUCAAGUGUUCAUUGAUAACGUGAUUACAUAGUGUUCGAAAACAAACAAGGCACCUAACGUGGCAUCUUUUGCGGAAUUUUCUCGUGCGAAGAAAACCCAAAUACCCGCGAAACACGUGACGCGACAGUGGACAUUGUCGAUGCCCCGGCCUUGGCGCGAAAUUCUAUAAGGCGAGAGUAGCCUUCAUUUUCUCUGCCAAUCAUUACCAACCAUCAAUCUUUCGCUGCUGCAAAAACGCAGGGAGAGUUUUGAAGGAGUGAUCUAUACGAGACCAAAAUUGAUUUAGUAUUUAUCUUUAGUGUACCUUCAAGCUCAGGUUUGCGCGCUGUCAUCUUGAUACUCACGUAUCGCGCUUGUAACCAUGUCUGUCGUCGUUUGUGCUCUUACAGUGUGUAAUUGUGAAAUAUGUUCCGUUUGCGUCAAUAUAGCCACGUGUAUGAACUUCCUUAUGAAAAAAUAGAGAUGCACGAAGCGCGCACCCGUGUUGAUUUUGUGAAGUACAAAUUAAAGAUGACAGACGCAUUCAGGUGCGUGAAAAGAAA